AUGACAACUGUUUCACUUUUUGAGACCGAUGCGUCUAUAGAAAAGCGAGAGAAGCGCGAGGUGAAAAAGGCAAACAAAUUCGGCAACCCUAUCGUGCUCAAAUCCAAAGUCCUCGCCGUGGUUAAUGAUCCUGCUUCACCCUCUUCCUCCGUCCUCGUCGCGGAGGCUGCUGGCAAGGUUCGACGGGUCAAUAUUGAGACCUCGAGUGUCACCAAGACGUACCAAGGCCCCACGAACCCGGUAUGCUGCGUAGCGGUCGGCGGCCGGCGGAACGACGUCGUAUAUGCCGGUUCCUGGGAUAAGUGCAUCUGGUCGUGGGACCUCGCCACGGGCCAGCCCAAGCACAAGUUCAUCGGCCACUCCGACUUCGUCAAGAGCCUCGUCUGCACUCGGCUCGGGGACACCGACAUCCUCGUGAGCGGAGGGUCCGACAAGAAGAUCAUGGUCUGGGACGCCGGCACGGGCGCCCGCCUGCACACCAUCCAGGACCCCACGACGACGAUGCUCGCGAUCCAGCACCUGGCGGUGGACCCCGUCCUGUCCACGCCCGAAGCGGUGGUGGUCGCCAGCGCGAGCAGCGACCCGCACAUCCGACGCUGGCGCAUCAGCAAGGAUUCGUACGAGCAGCUCCCGGAGAUCGACCCGAGCCUGCACGGGGCGGAGCGCCUGACCAUCCAGGAGCACGAGACGAGCGUGUACAAGCUCGUCUUCGAGGAGGGCAACAACGAGGACGGGGAUCUGUGGACCGCGAGCGCGGACGGGACGGCAAAGUGUCUCUCGCGCGCGCGCCACUUCACGACGGAGGACGAGUACGCGCACGGCGACUACCUGCGGGCCGUCGUGCCCACCGACGCCUGGGUGGUCACGGCAGGGAGGGACGAGGACGUCAAGGUGUGGGAUAGGUCCUCGGGCAACCUUCACUGCGCUCUCGAGGGCCACUACGACGAGAUUACGGACUUGGUCCUCCUGCCGGAUCCUCGAGGUACGCACCACAGGGUGUGCAGCGUGAGCAUCGACGGGACUAUUCGUACCUGGCCCCUGAUGAAGGAGCAGCUCGACAAUCUCGUAGAGGAGAUCAAGACGAUCCAGAGCAAGCCGGCAGGAGAGGAAAAGGAAACCAACGGCACGAAUGGGGCGGGGAUGCUGACGGCGGAGGAGGAGGCGGAACUUGCGGAGCUCAUGGAUGACGACUAG